CUUUUUAACUUGUUUUGGUUAAGCCAUCAGUAAGAGGCUCUUAAGGGUUAAAGUCAAAGCCCGACAAAGGCCAACUGCUUUUUACCUCUCCAGUCGGACUCGGCAUUUAGCGCUAGCAUCUUGCACUGGGAGAAGCCGGAGGCAGGUGUCGGGGCGGGGCGGAGCCGCCGAUCAGAGCGGGCGGGAGUCUCCCUUCCCCCUCUGACAGCCACGCGCCAAAAUUCCAAACGCGACUUCGCGCCGCUACCGGCCAUCUCCCUCCGCGGCGUCCAGCGAGCCGGAACUAUAUGAGAAAAAUAAGUCAGCGUUCUCACGCCCCUGACUGCUCAGGGGCUCAGCACCGCGGGCGCAGGUUCUCAAGUUCGGCCCGAAGUCCUUCGCUCUCCAGAUGGGAGGGUAGUUCCGAUCCCGCCGUUGGAGGGUGGCAGUGUGGGCGGGACGGGCGGCGGAUGGAUUCCGGGAGCGCGCGCGGAGCCCGCUGGCGCGGAGCUUGUGGCGCCAGAAUUCGGAGCGCGGAAGAGCCUGAGCGUCUGCAGCCCGGCGCCCGGCCCCGUCUCCCGCAGCCGACGUGGGCACCAGGAGCCGGAGAAGAUGGUGGUGCUCCGCAGCAGCCUGGAGCUGCACAGCCACUCUGCCGCCCCGGCCUCGAGCUCCCUGGACAUGUCCAACGGGUUCCUCAUCUCGGAGCAGAUCGGCCGGCGGCGGCUCCGCUCGGCCCGCGCGGCUGAGCAGUCGGCCGUCAGCGCGGCCGCCGCGGGCGAAGUUGAAACCUACCACCGGAAACGUGUUUUAAGGACUUUGAGAAAAAGUGCCCAGAAUUCUUCAGAUUCUAGUUUUGAUCAGAAUAUGGAAAUAACGGAGAAACAUGCUAAUGGCAGGCAUUUUACAAGGCAGUUGGCCAGACAGCAGGCUGCUAAAAAAAAAGAAGAGUGUAAAGAAGACAAAGGGAUUCCAGUUACUCAGUCAUUGAGGACCAGAAACAUCGUUCAGACUGCAGAACACUUGCAUGAAGAGAAUGGUGAUGUCGAAGUUCGCCGCAGUUGUAGGAUUAGAAGUCGUUACAGUAGCGUGAACCAGUCAGUGCUAUUUGACAAACUUAUAACGAACACUGCAGAAGCUGUACUUCAAAAAAUGGAUGACAUGAAGAAGAUGCGUAGACGGCGAAUGAGAGAGCUGGAAGACUUGGGAGUGUUCAAUGAAACAGAAGAAGGGAAUCUUAAUAUGUACACAAGAGGAAAACAAAAAACUAUUCAAAGAGCUGAUGAAGAAACAACUGACAAUCAAGAAGGCAGUGUGGAAUCAUCUGAAGAGGGUGAAGACCAAGAAGAUGAAGAUGAUGGUGAAGAUGAAGAUGAUGAAGAUGAUGAAGAUGAAGAUGAAGAUGAAGAAGAUGGAGAAGAAGAUAAUCAGAAACGAUAUUACCUUAGACAGAGAAAAGCUACUGUUUAUUACCAGGCUCCGUUGGAAAAACCUCGUCACCAGAGAAAGCCCAACAUAUUUUAUAGCGGCCCAGCUUCUCCUGCAAGACCAAGAUACCGAUUAUCUCCUGGGGGCCCACGAAGUCCUUACUGUAAACGAAUGAACAGGCGAAGACAUGCAAUCCACAGUAGUGACUCUACUUCAUCUUCCUCUUCAGAAGAUGAACAGCACUUUGAGAGGAGGAGGAAGAAGAGCCGUAAUAGAGCUAUCAACAGGUGCCUUCCACUGAAUUUUCGGAAAGAUGAAUCAAAAGGAAUUUAUAAAGAUCGAAUGAAAAUUGGAGCAAGCCUAGCUGAUGUUGACCCAAUGCAACUAGAUUCUUCAGUACGAUUUGAUAGUGUUGGUGGCCUGUCUAAUCAUAUUGCAGCUCUAAAGGAAAUGGUGGUGUUUCCAUUACUUUAUCCAGAAGUCUUUGAAAAAUUCAAAAUUCAACCUCCCAGAGGUUGUUUGUUUUAUGGUCCACCUGGAACUGGAAAAACUCUGGUUGCGAGAGCACUUGCCAAUGAGUGCAGUCAAGGGGAUAAGAGAGUAGCAUUUUUCAUGAGGAAAGGUGCCGACUGUCUGAGCAAAUGGGUAGGAGAAUCUGAAAGACAGCUACGAUUGCUAUUUGAUCAGGCUUACCAGAUGCGCCCAUCAAUUAUUUUCUUUGAUGAAAUUGAUGGUCUGGCUCCAGUACGAUCAAGCAGGCAAGAUCAAAUUCACAGUUCUAUUGUUUCCACCUUGCUAGCUCUUAUGGAUGGAUUAGACAGCAGAGGAGAAAUUGUGGUCAUUGGUGCUACCAACAGGCUGGAUUCUAUUGAUCCUGCUUUACGAAGACCUGGUCGCUUUGACAGAGAAUUUCUUUUCAGCUUACCUGAUAAAGAUGCUCGAAAAGAAAUUCUAAAGAUUCACACGAGGGAUUGGAAUCCUAAACCACUGGACAUAUUUCUAGAAGAACUAGCAGAAAACUGUGUUGUAGGAUACUGUGGUGCAGACAUUAAGUCAAUAUGCUCUGAGGCUGCUUUAUGUGCUCUGCGCCGACGCUACCCACAGAUCUAUACUACCAGUGAGAAACUGCAGCUGGACCUCUCUUCAAUUCAUAUCUCAGCUAAGGACUUUGAGGUAGCUAUGCAAAAGAUGAUACCAGCCUCCCAAAGAGCUGUGACAUCACCCGGGCAGGCACUGUCCACCAUUGUGAAACCACUCCUGGAAAGCACUGUUCACAAGAUCUUAGAAGCCCUGCAGAGAGUGUUUCCACACGCAGAAAUCAGAACAAAUAAAGCAUUAGACUCAGAUAUUGCUUGUCCCCUGCUGGACAGUGACUUGGCAUACAGCGAUGACGACGUUCCAUCAGUAUAUGAAAACGGGGUUUCUCAACAUUCUUUUACUAAGGCAAAAGAAAAUUUUAAUUUUCUUCAUUUGAAUAGAAAUACUUGUUAUCAACCUAUGUCUUUUCGGCCAAGAAUAUUGAUAGUGGGAGAACCGGGAUUUGGGCAAAGUUCUCAUUUGGCACCAGCUGUCAUCCAUACUUUGGAAAAAUUUGCAGUAUAUACAUUAGACAUUCCUGUCCUUUUUGGAGUCAGUGCCACAUCUCCUGAAGAAAUGUGUGCCCAGAUGAUUCGUGAAGCUAAGAGAACAGCACCAAGCAUAGUGUAUGUUCCUCAUAUCCACUUGUGGUGGGAGAUAGUUGGACCAACACUCAAAGCCACUUUUACCACAUUAUUACAGAAUAUCCCUUCAUUUGCUCCAGUUUUACUACUUGCAACUUCUGACAAACCCCAUUCUGCUCUGCCAGAAGAGGUGCAAGACUUAUUUAUCCGUGAUUAUGGAGAAAUUUUCAAUGUCAAAUUACCUGGCAAAGAAGAACGGACAAAAUUUUUUGAAGAUUUAAUUCUAAAGCAAGCUGCUAAGCCUCCUAUAUCAAAAAAGAAAGCAGUUUUGCAGGCCUUGGAGGUACUCCCAGUAGCACCACCUUCCGAGCCAAGACCAUUGACAGCGGAAGAAGUAAAACGACUAGAAGAACAAGAAGAAGAUACAUUUAGAGAACUGAGGAUUUUUUUAAGAAAUGUUACACAUAGGCUUGCUAUUGACAAACGAUUCAGAGUAUUUACUAAGCCUGUUGACCCUGAUGAGGUUCCCGAUUAUGCCACUGUAAUAAAGCAACCAAUGGACCUUUCAUCGGUAAUCAGUAAAAUUGAUCUCCACAAGUAUCUGACUGUGAAAGACUACUUGAGUGAUAUUGAUCUAAUCUGUAGUAAUGCUUUAGAGUACAAUCCAGAUAGAGAUCCUGGAGAUCGUCUUAUUAGGCAUAGAGCCUGUGCUUUAAGAGAUACUGCCUAUGCAAUAAUUAAAGAAGAACUCGAUGAAGACUUUGAACAGCUUUGUGAAGAAAUUCAGGAAUCCAGAAAGAAGAGAGGUUGUAGCUCCUCCAAAUAUGCCCCAUCUUAUUACCAUGUGAUGCCAAAGCAAAAUUCCACUCCUGCUGCCGACAGAAGAUCAGAUCCAGAGCAGAAUGAAAAGCUAAAGACGCCCAGUACUCCUGUGGCUUGCAGCACUCCUGCUCAAUUGAAGAGAAAAAUCCGCAAAAAGUCGAAGUGGUACUUAGGCACCAUAACAAAACGAAGGAGGAUUUCCCAGACAAAAGAUGAUGGCCAAAAUACCACAGAUGACAAAAUUGAGACGGAUGCAGAGGAAAACCAUGAUACAAGUGUGGACCACAAUGAAACCGGAAACACAGGGGAGUCUUCAGUGGAAGAAAAUGAGAAGCAGCAAAAUGCCUCUGAAGGCAAAAGAGAAUUGGGAAAUAGUAAUUCAAAUAUUUGCAAUGUUGAGAAUGAACUUGAGGACUGUAGGAAGACUACAGCAUGUGCAGAAUUGAGGAAAGAUAAGAUUGUUUGCAAUGGAGAUGCUUUAAGCUCUCAGAUAAUGGAUGUUUCUGAUGAAGCAAAAGAAAUGUGUGUUCUGCGAAUGACUCGAGCUAGACGUUCCCAAGUGGAGCAACAGCAGCUCAUUAGUGUUGAAAAGGCUUUGGCAAUUCUUUCUCAGCCUACACCCUCACUUGUCGUGGACCAUGAGCGGUUAAAAAAUCUGUUGAAGACCGUUGUUAAAAAGAGUCAAGAAUACAAUAUUUUUCAGUUGGAAAAUUUGUAUGCAGUAAUUAGCCAGUGUAUUUAUCAGCAUCGCAGGGACUAUGACAAAACAAUGCUUAUUCAGAAAAUGGAGCGAGAGAUAGAAAACUUCAAUUGUUCCAGAUCAUGAAGUCAUGAUAUCACAUAUUCUUUCUGUUCUGUUCCUAUUUAAUUCGCCUUUGUCUUAUCUACAUCAGUGAUGCAAGAUGAAAUCCUGCAUCUUUAAGGAUAAGAUUAAAAUACUAAAUAAAAAUAUUUAAAGUUUUUGGUAUUUAUGUACACAUGUAAGAUAAAUUACAGAGUUUACUGAUAAAUACUGGGGAUUUAAAUAAGUCACUGUAGUAAUGGUAAUGCUAUGACAUAUCAGUAGCUGAAGUGUGGCCAACUCUUAAUAAAAAAAGUUAAUUCGAUAACUGUUUUAUGGCCCCUAAGAGUGGUUAAUGACAUUGACACUUUUAAGCACUUUCAAUUUUAUCCUUCCUGUGAACAGUUUAUUGUUUCAGACUAGAAACGUAACCAUGUUUCUUUGCCAUCCUUUUUGUUGUCUUUGUUUUCUUCAGUUGCGUACCUCGCAUCUGCCUUUAGCUUCCCCUGCCUAGACACUUAAAAGCCAGUGUUCUAGUCAUGAUUUGCUGGAGGGCCCUUGACCAUUCUGUACUUGAAUGUCAAAAUUAAUGCUUUCUAGGUAAACAUUUUUCUGAUUCUAAUUUGGGUUAAUAAAUAUUUUUGGUUUAUUUUUACGAUAAUACACACAACAAAUGUGUUAAUAACUACUUUGUUAAACAGCUUUUUAAUAGCACAAAGCUUUUAUAUUUGAAAGAUGUUUAUAUCCUUCUAAAUUUGUGUUUAGGUUAUAUUCUAUAGAUACCUUUUAUAUACAAUUAUAUAAGUAUUAUAAAUUUUGUAUUAAUGAUACCAAAAAUACAUUUAUUUCUUUCUUAAAGCAAUAAAACCAUUCACUGCCAUGCAUUUUUUUUUUUAAGGAGAUAUUCUAAUAUUAGUUUGUAAAACAGCUUCUGUUAGAAACUUGCAAAAGGAAUAGGGGAUAAAGAUCUCAUAUGAGAGAUUUUGGAUUCUAAUACAGUUUCAAAGUUGAACUGCCUUUUGUUGAUUUAUCUGUACAUUGUAUGUAAAGCCUUCUAAAGCCCAGUAAUUCAGACACCUUAGUAGAUACUAUCUUAUGCAAUGCAUAAAGCAAUGCCAGUCACUGAAAACAUUUAGGUAUGUGUAUAUUCCUGGAUUCACACAUACACAUAUAUACUCAUUUUAUUGAAGUUUAUUAUACUUAUUCCAGAUGCAUCUUUUAUAACUGGGCUUUCAUUCUGUAUGUAUAGUUUCUGUAAUAAAUUUUAAAGGUGAAAAUUGCUUCUCA